CGGCACAAACGAGGGUGAAGCCGCAGCUGGACAGCUCGCGAGGCUGCCCCCCCCCAUAAAGAGGACACGCCGCGGUGGACGCCGGUCCCCCAUGGAGCUUCCGCAGAUGAGACGCCUGUGAGAGUCCACUCGACAUGGCCAAGAACCAGGAAGUGGAGCGUAUCGCCAAAAAACUGGACAAGAUGGUCCACAAGAAGAACACAGAUGGAGCAUUGGACCUGCUGAGGGAGUUAAAAGACAUGACCAUGUCUCUGGAGACUCUGCAGUCCACUCGUGUGGGGAUUUCGGUGAACGCCGUGAGGAAACAAAGUCCAGACCAGGAAGUUCAGAAUCUUGCCAAAGGGCUCAUCAAGUCCUGGAAGAAAUUAAUUGAUGCUUCUGAGGGGAAAGCUGAGGAGAAGAAAAAAGACGGCUCUCCUGUGAGGACGUCGUCCACCUCCAAGGACUCAUGCAGCAGUGAGAAGAGCAGUAAGACUAGCGCAGAGUCCCCCGUCGCCCUGCCCACUCCGGUCACGUCUUUCCCGCCCAUCCCCGUCACCAGCGACAGUGUUCGUAAUAAAUGUCGCGAGCUGCUGGUGGCGGCGCUCCAGAUGGACGACGACUACAAGACCAUCGGGGUGGACUGUGGGGAUCUCGCGGCACAGAUUGAGGAACAGAUCUUCCAGGAGUUCAAGUCGACAGACAUGAAGUACAAAGCGCGUCUGCGGAGUCGCAUCUCCAACCUGAAGGACCAGAAGAACCCGGACCUGCGGCGGAACGUCCUGUGCGGGAACAUCUCUGCUCAGCGCAUCGCCUGCAUGACCUCGGAGGAGAUGGCGAGUGCCGAGUUGAAGCAGAUCAGAGAAGCUUUGACCAAAGAGUCCAUCCGUGAGCAUCAACUGUCCAGAGUGGGCGGGACAGAGACGGACAUGUUUGUGUGCAAUAAGUGUCGCAGCAAGAGCUGCACGUACACACAGGUGCAAACUCGCAGCGCAGACGAGCCAAUGACCACCUUCGUGUUGUGUAACGACUGCGGCAAUCGAUGGAAGUUCUGCUGAGGAGCGAGGUUUUAUUCUGCCGCCGUGACGUCAAAUCCAACAGCCGCCUUUUGGUUUGCUUUAUUUUGGGAAUUGUUCUCCAAAUAUAUUUAAACAAAAACGUGAAUGAGACAGUGAAAAUGAAAUAUUUGGCGAGGAUGGGCUGGGGUGACAACAUUUAUGUGGGUGAGUGAGUGAAUGGAUGUGUGUGUGUGUGUGUGU